AGAGAGAGGAGAGAGAGAGAGAGAGAGAGAGAACAUUAGUUCAGUACUUUGGGGGUUUUAUCAAACAGUUUUGAGUCCAUAUUAGUCCACAUCCUGGUCCUGGUCCUGGUCCUGGUCCUGGUCCUGGUCCUGGUCCUGCGCAGCUCCUCCCUCUAGUUGUUUUGUAAGAGCCGAGACAGAAAGUGAAAGUGUGAAAAUCAGGUGAAGGAGUGAGAGACGGCGGAGUGAAACCCUGAGAGACCAGGACCAGACAGGGCCAGAACCACACCAGAACCUCAGAGUCAGACCAGAACCUCAGAGUCAGUCCAGAGCCAGGGGACCGGACCAGAACCAGAGGACCGGAGGACCGGAGGACCGGAGCAGAGCCAGAGCCGGAGCCAUGCCGGACCCGCGGGUCUGCCUGGAGGCCCUGUCGGCGCUGUCGGGCUGCCGGGUGGAGUCCACCCCGGGCCGGUCCCAGAUCCAGCCCCAGGACCUGGUCAACAUCGUGGCGCUGCGGGAGUUCUACAAGCAGGAGGGGCUGCAGGAGCUGGACUACCCCAGCAUCGGGACCAUGUCCCUGCAGGACCCGGACCCGGACGAGCCCGACCUGUACGGCCCGGCCCCGUCUCUGACCGCCGGACCCGAUCCCGGACCCGGACCGGGACCCGCACUGGCAGACCGGAAACCGGUGAAGCUGAACCCGGAGGACUUCUUCCACCCCCAGUACGACUACGACUUCACCCGGAUCCAGGACGGGGACCGGCGGUUCCUGCGGGGGAACGAGCAGUACGUGCGUCCCUGCGGGUGGGACCGGGCGGCGCUGCGCGUGACGCAGCGCUACGCGGACGGGGACGGCUGGCUGGGGACGGGCCGGGACGCCUGGCCCGUCUCCUACCAAGGCCACGGCAUGGACGGGUCCAUCAUCCUGGUGCGGGGCGGCGAGCCGGAGGACGAGCCCGGGUACCUGGAGGCCGCCGCCGCCCGCCUGACGGAGCGCCGGACGCAGGGCCGCGGCGUCUACUCCACCCCCGACGUCCGGCUGGCCGAGAAGUUCUGCAAGACCUUCCGGUCCCAGGUGGACGGCAAGAAGUACAAGGUCCUGCUGCAGAACCGCAUCAACCCCGAGACCCGGUCCCAGUGCCAGAGGGAGGACGUGUGGGUGGUCUACAUCCAAGAGGGCCUGAACGACGUCCAGACCCGGGCCCUGGUGGAGGACGCCAUCCGGCCCUACGGACUGCUGCUCAAGGAGGCCUGACGGGGGACGGGGGACGGGGCGGGGGGGCUGGGGGGACUGGGGGGACUGGGGGGGACUGGGGCUUGGCAGGGCCCCAUCAGGAGGACAGAGUCUUGGUUCUGUGGACUGGAUUUGGAAUGAAAGUGGUUCCAUCAGAAGUUUCUCUUUGGUGCCAAACAGACCGAUGACUUCCUGUCAGAUCAGUAGUACUUCCUGUCUUUACUGCUGACCCGUGAAUUAUUAUUCACUUAUGAAACACACACACACACACACGCACACACACACACACACACACACAGUUGGUGAAUGUUUCUGUCUGAUAUUGAUGUAAACUGAUUUUAGUUUGUUUCUGGGUGAAAAGCUGUGAACUGGUUCUCCUGGUCUUGGACCAGGUUCUGGUUCUCCUGGUCUUGGACCAGGUUCUGGUUCUCCUGGUCUUGGACCAGGUUCUGGUUCUCCUGGUCUUGGACCAGGUUCUGGUUCUCCUGGUCUUGGACCAGGUCCCGGUUCUCCUGGUCUUGGACCAGGUUCCGGUUCUCCUGGUCUUGGACCAGGUUCUGGUUCUCCGUGAGAACGUGGCUCAGUAUCGGGACUCUGCUGUGGAAUAAAGACUAAAGACCUCC